UUCUGUCUGCACUUCUUGGAAGCCCUGUCAUGAGGAAAACAGGCAGCGGGUAAACAGUAGACGGCAGCCCCGGCAGCAGGGCGGGCCUGGCUGGCCUGAAAACCUGUCUCAGCUCCACGUGUCUGCUAGAUUCUGACUGUCGCUGUUGGGGGCACCAGUGCCCCUUGGGCUCAGACCUGAGGCCUCCUGAGACUCUACCAUCUGUCCAGGUCAACUGUGGAACACGGGCCCCCAGAUAACACCAAGUACAGCCUUUGCUGCUGCUGGAUUUCCUGCUUGCUUAGCAAUAUGGAAACUUUGGCGUGGGACCCACUGCCAGAGGGUCUGAUGUCAUUGGUCUGAAGGAGCUUAAUUCCGUCGCUUCCGAGCUGUCUGCACGGCAGGAGGAGAGUGAACAUUCUCAUAAACAUUUAAUUGAACUCCGCCGGGAAUUUAAGAAAAAUGUACCUGAGGAAAUCAGAGAGAUGGUGGCUCCUGUAUUAAAAAGCUUCCAAGCUGAGGUGGUGGCUCUUAGUAAGAGAAGUCAGGAGGCCGAAGCCGCUUUCCUGAGUGUUUACAAGCAAUUAAUUGAAGCACCAGACCCCGUGCCUGUGUUUGAGGUGGCACGCAGCCCAGACGACAGACUGCAGCCCCCCAGCUUCGACCCCAGUGGGCCCCUGCGGCGAGAGUUCCACGCUUCGUGGAAGAGACACCCUGAGCUCAUCGGCACCAAAGAGCAGAGAGAGGGGACGUCACCAGCCGGGCCCACGCUGACCGAGGCGAGCCGCCUCCCAGGCAUUCCCAGCAAAGCCCUCCUGACAGAAACUUUGCUGCAGAGAAAUGAGGCAGAGAAACAAAAGGGCCUUCAAGAAGUACAGAUCACUUUGGCAGCCAGACUGGGGGAAGCCGAGGAGAAGAUCAAGGUCCUACAUUCAGCGUUAAAGGCCACGCAGACAGAGCUGCUGGAGCUGCGGCGGAAAUACGACGAGGAGGCAGCAUCCAAGGCAGAUGAAGUCGGCCUGAUCAUGACCAACCUGGAGAAAGCUAAUCAGCGAGCCGAGGCUGCCCAGCGGGAGGUGGAAAGUCUUCGGGAACAACUCGCCUCUGUCAACAGCUCCAUCCGCCUGGCCUGCUGCUCUCCUCAGGGACCCAGUGGGGAUAAGGUGAACUUCGCGCUGUGCUCGGGCCCUCGGCUGGAGGCUGCCCUGGCCUCCAAGGACCGGGAGAUCCUGCGGCUGCUGAAGGAUGUGCAGCAUCUCCAGAGCUCCCUGCAGGAGCUGGAGGAGACCUCCGCCCACCAGAUUGCGGACCUGGAACGGCAGCUCACCGCCAAGUCCGAGGCCAUCGAGAAGCUAGAAGAGAAGCUCCAGGCACAGUCUGACUAUGAAGAAAUUAAAACAGAGCUGAGCAUCCUGAAAGCCAUGAAGCUGGCUUCCAACACCUGCAGCCUCCCCCAGCCCUGCUUCUUGUCUCCUCAGGGCAUGGCCAAGCCCGAAGACUCACUGCUCCUGGCAAAGGAGGCCUUCUUCCCUGCGCAGAAAUUCCUUCUGGAAAAGCCUGGUCUUUUGGCCAGCCCUGAGGAGGACCCUUCGGAGGAUGAUUCCAUCAAGGACUCUCUGGGCACGGAGCAGUCCUACCCAUCCCCUCCACAGCUCCCACCGCCACCAGGGCCCGAAGACCCCCUGUCCCCCAGCCCAGGGCAGCCCUUGCUGGGCCCCAGCCUGGGCCCCGAUGGCCCUCGGACUUUCUCGCUGUCCCCCUUCCCCAGCCUGGCUUCAACGGAGAGACUGACAGGGGACACGCUGCUGUCCAAGCACAUGAUGCCCCCAACUGCCUUCAAGGGGGAAGCGGGAGGCCUGCUAGUGUUCCCCCCAGCCUUCUAUAGUGCCAAGCCCCCCACGGCCCCUGCUACCCCAGCCCCUGGCCCUGAGCCGCCUGGGGGUCCUGAGCCAGCAGAGGGGGGCGGGGGCGGCGUGGCCACGGCAGGGGCUGGAGCAGAGGAGGAGCAGCUGGACACGGCGGAGAUCGCCUUCCAGGUGAAGGAGCAGCUGCUCAAACACAACAUCGGGCAGCGGGUGUUCGGCCACUAUGUGCUGGGGCUGUCCCAGGGCUCAGUCAGUGAGAUCCUGGCCCGGCCCAAGCCCUGGCGCAAGCUCACGGUGAAGGGCAAGGAGCCCUUCAUCAAGAUGAAGCAGUUCCUGUCGGACGAGCAGAAUGUGCUGGCCUUGAGGACCAUCCAGGUGCGGCAGCGAGGCAGUAUCACCCCAAGAAUCCGCACGCCAGAGACCGGCUCGGAUGACGCCAUCAAGAGCAUCCUAGAGCAGGCCAAGAAGGAGAUCGAGUCACAGAAGGGGGGCGAGCCCAAGAACUCAGCAGCCCCACUGAGCAUCACCAACGGCACAGCCCCCGCCAGCACCACCUCGGAAGACGCCAUCAAGAACAUUCUGGAGCAAGCACGCCGCGAGAUGCAAGCGCAGCAGCAGGCCCUGCUGGAGAUGGAGGCCGGCGCCCGGGGCCGCUCGGUACCUCCCUCGCCCCCAGAGCGGCCCUCACUGGCCGCCAUGAGCCAGAACGGGGCCCCGACGCUCGUCAAGCAGGAGGACAGCGGUGUCGGCAGCGGGGGGACGAGCAGCAGCGGCACGCAGACCUCCCUCACGGUCCUGUCCCCGGCCGCCUUCGUGCAGAGCAUCAUCCGGAAGGUUAAGUCGGAGAUCGGCGACGCCGGCUAUUUCGACCACCACUGGGCCUCGGACCGCGGCCUGCUCAGCCGCCCCUACGCCUCUGUCUCGCCCUCACUCUCCUCCUCCUCCAGCUACUCCGGCCAGCCCAAUGGGCGGGCCUGGCCCCGUGGGGACGAGGCCCCCGCAGUCCCCGAGGACGAAGCGGCCGGGAGCGAGGACGAGCCCCCCAGGGUGGGCGAGCUCAAGGCCGAGGGGGGCUGUCCUGAAGGGGGCGGCGGCGGGCGGCUGGCCUACUACCCAGCCUAUGUGCCCCGCACGCUGAAGCCCACCGUGCCGCCCCUGACCCCCGAGCAAUACGAGCUCUACAUGUACCGCGAGGUGGACACCCUGGAGCUGACGCGCCAGGUCAAGGAGAAGCUGGCCAAGAAUGGAAUCUGCCAGAGGAUCUUCGGGGAGAAGGUGCUGGGCCUGUCACAGGGCAGCGUGAGUGACAUGCUGUCCCGGCCGAAGCCGUGGAGCAAGCUGACGCAGAAGGGACGGGAGCCCUUUAUCCGCAUGCAGCUGUGGCUCUCGGACCAGCUUGGCCAGGCCGUGGGCCAGCAGCCCGGCGCCUCCCAGGUCAGUCCCACUGAACCAAGGUCCUCGCCAUCCCCACCCCCUAGUCCCACGGAGCCACCGGAGAAGAGCUCCCAGGAGCCCCUGAGUCUGACACUGGAGAGCAGCAAGGAGAACCAGCAGCCAGAGGGACGCUCCAGCUCAUCACUGAGUGGGAAGAUUUACUCGGGCAGCCAGACCACAGGGGGCAUCCAGGAGAUUGUGGCCAUGUCCCCCGAGCUGGACACGUACUCCAUCACCAAGAGGGUCAAAGAGGUCCUCACAGACAACAACCUAGGGCAGCGGCUCUUCGGGGAGAGCAUCCUAGGGCUGACCCAGGGCUCCGUGUCUGACCUUCUCUCCCGACCCAAGCCCUGGCACAAGCUGAGCCUGAAGGGCCGGGAGCCCUUUGUGCGCAUGCAGCUGUGGCUCAACGACCCCCACAACGUGGAGAAGCUGAGAGACAUGAAGAAGCUGGAGAAGAAAGCCUACCUGAAACGCAGGUACGGCCUCAUCAGCACUGGCUCAGACAGUGAGUCUCCAGCCACCCGCUCCGAGUGCCCCAGCCCCUGCCUGCAGCCCCAAGACCUGAGCCUCCUGCAGAUCAAGAAGCCCCGAGUGGUGCUGGCCCCCGAAGAGAAGGAGGCGCUGAGGAAGGCCUACCAGCUGGAGCCCUACCCCUCCCAGCAGACCAUUGAGCUCCUCUCCUUCCAGCUCAACCUCAAGACCAACACCGUCAUCAACUGGUUCCACAACUACAGGUCCCGGAUGCGCCGGGAGAUGUUGGUGGAGGGGACCCAAGAGGAACCAGACCUCGACCCCAGUGGGGGUCCUGGCAUCCUACUGCCAGCCCAUUCCCACCCAGACCCCACCCCACAGAGCCCCGACUCAGAGGCCGAGGACCAGAAGCCUACGGUGAAGGAACUAAAGCUUCAGGAGGCUCCCGAGGAGAGCGUCACCCACCUGACCUCCCAGGACAAGACUCCAGUGAGGAUUAAGCAGGAACAGACUGAGGAGGCUGAGGAACAAGCCUGCAGCCAGGACUCAAAGGAGCCGGACAAAGGCCAAGGCUCCCCCCAAGAGGUGCAUCCUGACCCUCUGGGUGAUGAUGGACUCCCCAAAUCAGCCCCAGGGCUCCUCCUCCCAGGCGGGACCACCCCGGCCUGCCCCUCGCUGCACCCUCUCCCGGAGAGUGAGGGCGGGGAGCGGCUACACCCGGACCCCCUAAGCUUUAAGUCAGCCUCAGAGUCCUCCCGCUGCAGCCUGGAGGUGUCGCUGAACUCGCCCUCAGCCGCCUCCUCGCCGGGCCUCAUGAUGUCCGUGUCGCCUGUCCCUUCCUCCUCAGCCCCCAUCUCCCCAUCCCCACCCAGCACCCUCCCUGCCAAGGUGCUGAGUGCCAGCCCUACCGCCGACACAACCGGGGCCUUGCACCCCAGCACCAAGGUGAACCCCAACUUGCAGCGGCGGCACGAGAAGAUGGCCAACCUGAACAGCAUCAUCUACCGGCUGGAGCGGGCUGCCAAUCGGGAGGAGGCCCUGGAGUGGGAGUUCUGAAGGUGGAGGCGAGGGGCGCACCCGGUGGCCACCGACUCUCCCAGACAGGACAGGGCCCCGGAAGGGAGGCGCUCGCGCAGCCCUCACCGCGUGGACAGCAGCGUUAGGGUCCCGCCGUUUUCCGCUUUUGUUGUAAUCCAAGCUCUAUGAAGUCAUGAGUGAGCAGGUAGGGCCGGGGCUCCUGCUGCCUCUUUACAGCUCCCCCUGCCCCAGGGAGCACCAUCUUCUCCCUGCUGGCCUCUCUACCAGACGCAGAAGCAAAGUGGAGCCACAUUUUCACUUGGAAGCUCCAAACUCUUUUAGAAAAAUAAAUAUUUAUAGACCACUUUUAGAUAUUUUAAUAAAGGAUCCUUUGGAAUUUA